GCCAUUACGUUUUGGAGUUAACAUAAAUUGGCUGUUUGUCAGCGAGCAUAUAACAGCGCGUUAUCAGUGACAGUUAUAUUGUUGAGUGCGUAGUAUCGCAGCGUUUCGUUGAAACAAAGAGACCCUACGUUCAAUCGUAUGUCCAUCCAGAAUCUCAACACAUUCGACCCAUUCGCCGAUGCUAUCAAAAGCUCGGAGGACGACGUUCAAGAUGGUUUAGUCCACGUCCGUAUCCAGCAACGAAACGGGCGUAAGACGCUGACUACGGUGCAAGGCCUUUCCUCGGAAUAUGACCUGAAGAAGAUCGUGCGGGCAUGCAAGAAGGAGUUCGCGUGCAACGGUACGGUCGUGGAGCACCCGGAGUACGGCGAGGUGCUGCAGCUUCAGGGCGACCAGCGAGAGAAUAUUUGCCAGUGGCUCACCAAAUCCGGCUUAGUGAAGCCUGAGCAACUCAAGGUGCACGGUUUCUAAGCCGCCCUGCUAAAACAUAACAUGUCCACACUCAACAUUGUAUUAUGAGAGAUUGCGCGUUGUAAUUAUAAAUCCUAUUAAAAAUAUGUAUUUAGAGAGCACCGACGUCUACAGAGAAAAGAGAACACGGUUGUCCGCGCCCUGUGCCUUGCGACUUCCUCUGUUGUAUAAAAUAUUGUAAAUCUUAUAUAUUAUCGCCGCCGUCUCGUCUCAUAAGUUGCAAAAUAAUCAAUCGAACGAAAUAGUGAAUAUACCUAAUAGCUUGUUUUUGUUUUUAUACGACAUUGUAUUUUUAAAUUGCUGUAAUAAUUCAAUUAAUAAAUAACAUGUUUUUGUA